AUGAAAAACGAGAUUAUUGGGUCAGAAUUAAUUGAUCUGUUAUUGGAGAGUUUAGAAGGAGGUGAUUUUAAGGAUGAGAGGGGUGAAAAAUACUUUAAAGUUGGGUCUGAUAAUAUUGGUAGAUUUAUUGGGAUAUUUGUGAAGGAAUCUGAACUUAUUGAACCUAGUACGAAUGCAACUGAACUUAAUGAACAUAGUGCGAAGGCAACUGAACUUAAUGAACCUAGUGCAAAGGCACCUGAACUUAAUGAAGCUAGUGCGAAUGCACCUGAACUUAUUGAAUCCAUUGUGAAGACACCUGAACUUUUUGAACCUAGUGUGAAGGCAAACAAACAUACUGAACCUAGUGUGAAAGCACCUAAAAUUAUUAAACCUAGUGUGAAGGCUCUUGAACUUGAGAAGUUCAUUGCUGAACUUGAGAUACCAAGUGUGAAAGCACCUGAACUUUAG